AUCCCCAGAGUCAAGACUAACUUAAGUGACAGUGUCAGUAUUUUACAUAUCUAUUGCGAUGAAUGAUGUAUUGAAUCGAAAUAUUUAUGUUAACAUUUUUAUUAAAAUUACUAGUAGUGUAGUGAACUAAAUAUCGAAUGGUGUCUUCGUUCCAUUAUCAAAUAUAUUCCGUCCUUUUAUAGUGCCGUGCGUAGGGCGUAAUGUCGUCAAAGGGUUGGUGAAAGUGUUGUUGGUGCAACAGUAAGGCGGACUAGGCGCAGAAGGCGCAGUGGGCGAGGAUGGGCGUGGGUCUGCAGCCGCUCGAAUUUACCGAGUGCCUUGCGGACAGUCCGCAUUUCCGCGAGAACCUCCAGCGUCACGAGAAGGAGCUCGAGCGCACGAGUCAGCAGAUAAAGAGGCUCAUCAAAGAGGUCAAGGAUGUUGUACAAGCUGCCAAACGUCUGGGUGCGGCGCAGCUCGCGUUGGCGGCCAGCAUGGAGCAGUUCGAGUUCGCAUGCAUCGGCGCCUCCAUGACGGAAGACGAGCGCGUCAUUGGGCGAUCGCUGCAGCACUUCGCGCAGCUCAUUCGCACUAUCGAAGACGAACGCGACCGGAUGCUGGGCCGAGCGCACGAGCAGAUCAUCCAGCCACUAGAACGCUUUCGAAAAGAUCACAUAGGUGCUGUUAAGGAAGGUAAAAAGAAAUUCGACAAGAAGACUGCCAAAUUUUGCCAGAGCCAGGAACGGACGCUCUCUCUCUCGACGAAGAAACCGGAAAAUGUCUUCCAAGAGACGAGAAGUAACUUCGAAGAAACGAGCAAGCAAACGGAAUCACUCAUGAAGAAGAUGAUGGAAGUACGACAGAUGAACAAAGAGGACGAGAGGAUGGAGGACGGCUCGGGCGGCGUGUCUGGAUACCUAUUCCUGAUGGAGAAAAAGGCGUUCGGCACGACGUGGAGCAAGCAGUACUGCACGUACGAGAAGGGCUCGCGCACGCUGUCGCUGAUGCCGUACAACCAGAUCAAUGUAAAGACGGCGGGCGGCGCCGAGCGCGUGGCGCUGGCGGGCGCGCGCGGCGUGGCGGACGCGGAGCGCCGCUUCUGCCUCGAGGCGCUGCCGGCCGAGCGCGAGCGCGCGCCGCUCACGCUGCAGGCGGCCGGCCCGCGCCAGCGCGCCGCCUGGCUCGCCGCGCUCGACGCGCAGCCCGCGCACGUGUCGAGCGCCCCGGCCUUGGGGGGCGCGGGUGUGGGUGGGGAGGGGGAGGCGUGGGCGCUGGACGACGCCGGGUUCGCGUUCGUGCGUCGCGUGAUCGGCGUGCUGGAGGCGCGCGGGCUCGAGGAGCAGGGCCUCUACAGGGUGGCGGGCGUGGCCUCCAAGGUGUCGCGGCUGGUGGCGCUGGCGCGCGAGCGGCGUCUGCCGCCCGCGCUGGCCGACCCGCUGGAGUGGGAGAGCAAGACGCUCACGUCGGCGCUCAAGGCCUACCUGCGCGCGCUGCCCGAGCCGCUGCUCACGCGCAAGCUGCACCGCGCCUUCCUCGCCGCUGCCAAGUGCGAGCGGCGCAGCGAGCGCGUGUCGGCGCUGCACGCGCUGGUGCACGCGCUGCCGCAGCCCAACUACGAGAUGCUGCGGCUGGUCCUCGCGCACCUCACCAAGGUGGUGGCGAGGAGCGACCGCAACCUGAUGACGGCGUCGAACCUCGCGGUGUGCUUCGGGCCGACGCUGCUGCGGGCGGAGCGUGAAACGGUGGCGUCGAUCCUCGAGCUCAAGUUCUACAACGUGCUGGUGGAGUCGCUGCUGGACAACUUCGGGCCGGUGUUCGCGCUGGAGCCGCCGCCCGCUCCCGCGCCGGCGCCCGCCCCCGCCCCCGUCCCCGCCCCCGCGCCCGCCGUCGCCGCUGCGCCCGCUCCGCCGCACGCGCUCAACGGCAUUAUCGGCACCUCUCCACCGACGAUACCGAUCUCCUCCAGAAAUGACAUCAGCGUGUCGCUGGCGGGCGGCAGCUACUCGCCGCACCACCACCAGCUGCUGCAGCACUUCGCGGCGCCCGGAGCGAGAGCGGGCCGCUGCAGCAGCAGCUCCGAGUCCGUGUCCAGCCACAGCGCGUCCCCCCCGCCGCGCGCGCCGCUCGCCUUCCCCCCGCGCACCACGCGGGUGCGCACGCUGUACGCGUGUCUGGGCGAGAGCGAGGGCGAGCUGUCGUUCGAGCCGAACCAGAUCAUCACGAACGUGUCUCCGUCGGCCGAGCCGGGCUGGCUGCGCGGCACGCUCAACGGCAAGAGCGGGCUCGUGCCGCAGAACUACGUGGAGCCGCUGCCCUAGGCCCCCGGGGCCCCCUCGCCGCACACCAAAUAUCAUAUCGUUGUAGUUUUACGUUGUUGAUUCUUUUGUAACUAUUUGUAUAUUUUGUACAUUGUAAAUACAGAGUUGUUGCUAUUUUAACUAUUUAUACUAUAUAUUAUACUUACGUUGUGAAUUUUGUACCAAAUAUACUUUAGUGUAUGUGGAUUUGUAUCAUAGGAUAUUAUAAUAUAAAUAUAACUAAUGAAAACGCCUUUUCGUUAAUUCACUUUAUUUCGCCUUUACAGAUCACAGUAUAUCAUAGUAGUAUUCCUUCCUUUAAACACUGUACACUUUAAAUAACGUUUCUUAGAAAGCGAUCGGGACUAGCCUACGACACGAUAUCGACACGACUAACAUAACAGUCGUUGACGCGUAACAGACUCGGAAGCUUGUGAAAAUUAUAACAGAACAAAAUUACAAUAAUUACCAACCUAAUAAAUAUAUAUCUAUCCUUAUUCAAUAUAAAACAGGUCC